AUGCGAGCCUUUCUCCCCCUGCGGCCACAACGCAUCCCAAUACCGAAGCAAGCAGCGAUAUCAACAGCGCUCACGAACCACCCAACACUCGUCCUCACCCGUGCUGGCUCUCGCCCGUUGUGCGCGCGCAGCCCAGCUUCGUCGUCCCCGGGCCUCGGUACCACCUGGACCCAGCUACUGCCGUCGCUUCAGGUUCGUGGCCUCGCAAGCUCAUCACAGCUCUUUCGACCGCCGGCGGGGAAACCUGAGCCACAGCCCAUCAACAUGGCGCCUUACGAGGAGAUCCUGAAGGGCAAGUACCCUGGCAAUCUCCAUGCCAAGCGCGUCGCCGACUACAUCCGCUCCAAGCUACCAGACGCCACCACUGGUGUCAUCUAUCUCGAGGGCGGCAAGACGAGGAUGAUCGAGAACUGCGAUCAGGAGGAGCACUUCCGGCAACGUCGCUACUUUUACUACCUGACCGGCUGCGACCUGCCCGACUGCCACUACACCUACGACAUCGCCUCGGGCGAGUCGACUCUCUACGUUCCUCCCGUCGACGCCGAUUCUGUAGUCUGGUCCGGCCUGCCGCUGAGCACCAGCGAGGCACUCAACCAGUACGAUGUCCACCACGCUGCCCUCACCACAGACGUCAACUCCACCCUUGCCCACCUCGCCAAAAACAGCUCCAAGACGGUGUACGCGAUAUCCGGCCAGGUUUCUGACCACAUUACCUUCCUCGAGUUCGAGGACAAGAACAUGAGCAUUCUUAAAGAAGCCAUCGAAUACUCUCGUGUCGUCAAGUCCGACUAUGAGGUUGCUCUGAUCCAGAAAGCCAGUGACAUCUCGUCCGCCGCCCACAGAGCCGUCAUGGAGAAGGUCCGCCACGCAAAGAACGAGACAGAGUUGGAGGCAGUGCUGCUGUCGCAGUUCGUAUCCAAAGGCUCCAAGAACCAAGCCUACAGCACGAUUGUCGCCAGUGGCCGCUCGGCUGCGACCCUGCAUUACGUCCGCAACGACCAGCCCCUCGAAGGCAAGCUGAACCUCCUGCUGGACGCCGGGUGCGAAAUCAACUGCUACGCCUCCGAUAUUACCCGCACCUUUCCCAUCAGCGGCAAGUUCACCCCCGAGAGCCGUGCCAUAUACGACACCGUCCUCAAGAUGCAGCUCGAGAGUAUCGCCAUGCUCAAAGAGGGCGUCAGCUGGGACGACGUGCACGCCAACGCACACCGGAUCGCCAUCGACGGCCUGCUCCAGCUGGGAAUACUAAAGGGCGACCGGGAGGAUAUUUUCAAGAGCAAGGCGAGCGUGGCCUUCUUCCCUCACGGACUCGGGCACUACAUGGGCAUGGACACCCAUGACACGGGCGGCGACCCUAAUUACGCUGAUACCGAUCCCAUGUUCAGGUAUCUGCGGAAGCGCGGCACUCUGCCUGCUGGCAGCGUGAUCACGGUCGAGCCGGGCAUUUACUUCUGCAAGUUCAUCAUCGACCCGGCCCUCAAUGACCCUGCCACAGCAAAACACAUUGAUGCCGGCGUGCUAGAACGGUACUGGGAUGUUGGUGGGGUGAGGAUUGAGGACAAUGUCCUGAUAACCAAGGACGGGUGUGAGAAUUUCACCAGUGUCGUCAAGGAUGCAGCAGAGCUGGAGAGGAUCAUCUCCUCAAGUUAG